AUGUCCCGGCGCCUUGGGCUCUCUGUGCUCUCCGUCUCCUCUCCCUCCUGCUCUGCCUGCUUCCUCCUCUGCCUGCUUCCUCCUCCUUGCGCUCAGGCUGCCACGCGCCUCGGAGUUUGUUCGCUCGCGCGGCAGCUGGCUUCAGAGGAGCGUCUCGGAGCCGGGAUGGAGCCGGAGCUCUCCACAAGCCCGUUUGGAAGCAUUGUCAGUGUAGCUUCUUGGGCUCCUGCUGGUGUCGCUGGUGACAUCUGUGGCGACACACAGCGUGGAGAUGCCUCACAUCACUUGCGGGAUUACACACAGAUGCCAAUUAUAUAA